CGCUCGGUCGGUGAAGUAGUGCUGCGUCUGUCACAGCCAGAAAGAGGAGCUGUCACGGGCUUCUGUGGUUAAACCGUGCUGUAAUUUAGUCUUUUAAAUGUUGAAAGCUGCUUCACGUUGUCCGCUGAGGAAUGAGGAGCAAGACUGAGAAGAAAAACACUGUCGCAUCUUUCUCAUUUUAACCGAGCGACUAGAGUCUGGUUUAAAUUUCACAGUAGAUCAGCUGAAUGGAGCAGCAGCAGCAGCAGCAGCAGCGGGGCCUCUGUAGCUUCACACCGGGCGAGCGGGCAGGCUGCGGGGCUGCGGUCUCCACCGGUCAGUCCACCAUGCGUUUAUCCAUCACCUCGACCACCGGCAGCCCGGUGGAGCUCACUGUCCCCAGAGGAGAGACUGUGGAGGGACUGAGAACACACAUAUCCGAAAAACUCAGGCUGCAAACAGACAGAAUCGUCCUCCUGUACAGAGACAGGCAGCUGACUGCAGGCAAACUGUUGGACCUGGGUGUAGCAGAUGGGAGCAAGCUGAUCCUGGUCCCUGCUAUUGAAGCUGGUUUAGUGUGCUCCACUGCCAGAGCAGGGAGGACAAUGAUGGACGUCUUGGAAAGUUUAACAGAAGUCCAGAUCAGUGACUUCCUGUCUGGGCGCUCGCCUCUCACCAUUAACCUGGGAAUUGGUGCCCACAUGAUGUAUGUGCAGCUCCAGCUGUCCGCACAGAACGUGGCGGCAUUGCAGCAGCACCAGGAGCUGAGAGCUGGGAGCAGCAGCGAGCUUCAAACCAGUCCGCCCCCUGCUACCAGGAUGAGCCACCCUGACUCCAGGGGAUCCACCAUUUCCCAAACCUCUACUCCGGCCCCGGACUCAUCAGACUGCACACCCUCGAUCCGACUGAGCGCUCAAAAGCACAAAACUUUCUUCAACUCAACAGCUCCCACCUCCCACUCACACACCUCUGCCCCUCCACACCGACCCCAUCCUCCCCACUCUAUGUACACGUCCUCUCCUGUUCUUUCACCCCCUUCCUUUCCUUCUGGUUGUCCACAUCCCAGCUCCCCACCACCAGCAGCCACACCAGUCUGUUCAGCUGCUCCCACCGGUGCCUUUCCUGGUCCCCGGAGUCCAGCACCAGCUUCAACCUUCAAAGAGAGUAAUGUUCAUGCCUCGUCGUCUACUGCAGAGCUGUGCAAGAAGCCAGGAGCGGUCAUAGAGAGUUUUGUGAGCCACUCGCCAGGCGUCUUCUCUGGGACUUUUUCUGGCACUCUGGCCCCCUGCAGUCAGAGCGCCAUCAGCCAUCCUCGACGUGGCAUUAGCAUCAUUCUCCAGAUCCUCAACGACCUCCUCAGAGCCGCCUACCACCACCAGGGGGCUCAACCUACCCCUCCCCAUCUCCACUGUCCUGACUCGAACCCUGCAGCCAGCCCACUGCUCACACCAGAGGAGCCGAACAAAGCACAAAGCAAAACUCUUGCAACCCAGAGGCCAGAAAACCUCAGUAAAACUCCAGGUGAGGACAGUCCCCCCAUCUGCUCAUCCACACAGGAAAAUCAAACUUUACACUGUAAGCUAGAGCGCCUGCAGUUUUUGAUGCAUCAGAGGCGUCUUCGCAGGCGGACUCGCAGGAACUCCCAAACUUCUCACCCCUACCAGCAGCGUCACCAUCGUCCCUAGUGUCCCGGACACAAAAGAUCCGCUCACUGUGACAGCAGUGGCAGCUGUCUGGUGAACAGAAGGAACCAUUGUGGAAACCAAAGCUGACCUCUGAACUGCAGAGUGAACUCAGGGCCACUGAAGGUGUCUGAGGCGGAGAUGUUUUGUUGCUAUUGUAACACUAUUUCUGAAGAAUGUAAGCUGAAAACGUCUGAGCAGUCUGAUUCCUGUGGCUGUCACUGUGCUGAGCAUGUUAUUACAUCUGUCCUUCAGUGACAUUGGCUCUCAUUUAUGUAGCAGAAGGUUCCAAUGUACAUUUUCAUGUUAUACAUCUUGUUGUGUUGUACAAAGAUCUCUUACCGUAUGUUUCUGUAUUCCAAUGCCUUAAAUGUACAUGUCUUGAAUGUAAACUGUAUGUUUUGUUCUGUGCAGAGGAUGUUCCUCUAAAAUAUUUAACUUAUGCAAUAUUAAAGUGUAAAAACAA